CUAAAAUGUUUUAAUUCUCCUCCGAGAUUGAAUCGAGCGAGGACCUGCUGUUUGGGAAGAUUCGAAACGGGAUUCGCAUCUGAACUCAUCUAUAUUGUUGACGGAAAACACCAUGUCCGACCAAGCUCCAAUUCGCAAGGCAAGCAAACUUGAAGAAUUGACCACGGUUUUGCUUUUGGUAGAAGAAAUAUUAAGGAACCAUCAAAUAAACCUUCUCCUUGUACGCAUGAUUCUAUCAUUGAUUGGAACUAACUCUCGUAAAAGAAAACGACAAGGUAGGGAAACAUCGGUGAAAUGGUUGAUAGGAUGCCUGCACAUUUAAAGUAUUUGGACAGGCUCGUUCGUCUCACGGAUCGAUCUUGUAUUGACAACUUACGGAUGGAUAGGAAUACAUUUGGUCGGUUAUGUCAUAUUCUUAGGGAUAGGAGUGGUUUAAUUGACCAAAAAUUCGUUACAGUAGAGGAGCAAGUAGCCAUGUUUUUGUAUAUUCUAUCUCACCACAAGAAGACACGAAUUGUUGGAUAUGAUUUCAUGCGCUCUUCGCAAACUGUAUCAAGGUACAUUCAUCUCGUGCUUCGUGGUGUGCUCUCCCAACACUCCUUAUUUUUAGUUCAACCUACUCCUAUUGAUGAUGAGUGUACCGAUUCAAGAUGGAAGUGGUUUAAGGGAUGCCUUGGAGCUUUAGAUGGGACAUACAUCAAUGUUCGCGUCCCUCUUGCAGAUAUUCCACGGUACCGUAACAGAAAAGGGCAAAUAACAACAAACACGCUUGCCGUCUGUGAUCAGCAUCUUCGAUUUAUAUACGUGUUGCCAGGAUGGGAAGGGUCGGCGGGGGAUUCCAGAAUAUUACGUGACGCAGUCAGCAGACCACUUGGUUUACAGGUGCCAGAAGGUAUGACUGUAGUGGUCAAAUUUUUAUUAGGAAAUGAUGUAGUGUGCAAGAUAUUUGAUUUAGUGCAUUUGGAUGUUGAUGUUUCGUUUUGUAAGUUGUUAUUAUUUAUGCGACAAUGCUUACUCCAAUUGUGAGGGAUUUGUAACACCGUACAAAAGUGUUCGGUACCGUUUGAAAGAGUGGGGUCCCGGGAAUGCAGCCCCUCAAUCACCCAGGGAGUUGUUCAAUCUCAGGCACACGAAGGCAAGGAA